GAGCGCGGGCUGCGUUUACAUAGUGCGGGACGGGCUGAGCGCGGCGGGCCGAGUGGGAACUGCGACUUUCAGGCUCGCGUCCUCCUCGUGUCCGCUCCACACUUACGUUCCGCAGAGCGAGGAAGGAAGCGGAAUGUCGCAGAAGCACCUGAAAGAAGCCUUCGUCAGUAACCUGAACGGAACCGGCCUGCUGGAGCUGACCCUGGGCAUGCCGCUGGCCCCGCUCUGCCUGCUUUGCAGAGGGCUGCUCCUGGUGCUGCUCUGCCGGCAUCGCGGGAAGCCGUUAAGCUCGAGGCCUUCCGGCCUGCUGCUGGACUUCUGUGUGCUGGUCGCCCCUCUGCUGUUCUCCUGCACAGUCCUGUCUUCAGUGUUGUUCCUGGUUCCAGCCAUCCUCACAGCCCUCUGUGCAGGAAUAUUUUUUACAAUAUACCGCCAAAGCCAGGUGCCCUUCAGGCAAAUAGUGAAAGACUUUCAGAACACGUUCCUGGAUCCGGACUACAUUCCGGCCAUAACCGUGUUCCGUGUUUAUGUCAAUGUGUUGACUUCCAUCAGCAUCUUAGCAGUGGAUUUCCCGCAGUUUCCACGACGAUAUGCCAAAGCUGAGACCUAUGGAACAGGAGUUAUGGAUCUGGGGGUUGGAGCUUUCAUUUUCGGUAACGCUCUCGUUUGUCCCGAAGUUCGGCAGAAAGCGGCUGUGACACAACCCAAAUUCUCCAGUCUGGCCAAGCAGCUUUUUGCCAUUUGGCCAUUGGUUGUUCUUGGCAUUGGACGACUCCUUAGUGUUAAAUCUAUAGAGUACCACGAGCACGUUUCGGAGUAUGGUGUGCACUGGAAUUUUUUCUUUACCUUAGCCCUUGUGAGGCUUGUGGCAUCUCUGCUGUUAGCCAUAUUUCCCAAAAAUAAAUCUUGGAUCGUGGCUGUGACUGUUGCUGUACUUUAUCAGCUCAUUCUUAACCUUACCUCUCUGAAGACCUUUGUCUUGCACGGCAGCAAUGGCGAAGAUAGUAGGACAGGCUUUUUGAAUGCCAACAGGGAAGGGCUGCUGUCCCUCUUUGGGUACCUGGCCAUAUACAUGGCAAGCGUGCAGGUGGGGCUCUAUGUGCUGAAGCGCAGAGACUCCGUCAAAGACUGGAUGGGAGCAGCGUGCCUCCUGCUGCUGGCAGCUCUGGUGCUCUUUGUGUUUCUCCACAUAUCCCAAGCCCACGCAGACCCCGUGUCCCGCCGCAUGGCCAAUCUGUCCUAUUGCUUGUGGGUCAUCGCUCACUGCCUCACCUUCUUUGUCAGCUUCGUGGUGGCUGAUCUCGUGCUGGUGUUCACAAAGCUUCUCGUGAAGGGCUCUGCUGUGCCCUCGUGCUGGCGUGCUGUGAAGGCUGCAGACAGCAGGGAGCAGCGGCAGGCAGGGGCUGUGCACAUCUGCCUGAUUGCUGCCAUUAAUAAAAAUCAGUUACUGUUUUUCUUAUUAGCGAAUGUUAUGACUGGUAUUGUGAAUGUAAUGAUGGACACCAUCCACAGCAGGGCUGCACUGACGUUAUGUGUACUGCACGUGUAUAUGUUUCUUAACUGUUUCAUUAUGUAUAUAUUGCAUGCCAAUAACAUAGUAUUAAAAUUUUGGUGAUUCCA